CCUGACCCACUCGCGGUGUUGUACGGCACACGCGUUCACUGCGCACGACGUCCGAUCGCACGGAACCGUCUGUGGACCACGUCCAUCGGUCCACAAGCCGACAGGGAAACGCACUGCCAAAACACAAGGAAUAUGCCUUCGGUAUGGGAUCCAAAGACCACUGUCAAUGGCCAAAAAAUGAAUCCAAUGUCCAGAUAUCACCAGGUCGCCAAUUGCGCUCACAUGUUUUACAAUUAUGUCCAAAUUGUAAUCAACCAAUUCAAUGUAAGACUGGGCAGCAAAAUGUUUGUGUGUGUUUGUCUUCAACCCCAACUACAUCCAGUGAUCCUUCUUUUGCUAACCAAUCUAAAAAAAGAAACAGAAAAUCUUUGCAAUUACCAUCCACGUGUAAACGUCAGCUGUUUGAUUUAUGUUACGAACACCCUGAAAGUACGGUGAGUAUAACCGAUACCCAAAAAUCAACAGUGGUGGCUGAGAGUACUGAAAGUAACGAGAGUUCAAAUAUUUCUGUACAACAGUCACAACAACAACAGCAACUGGGAGCCAAUCAGAUGUUGAGAGGUCGACACAUAUGUCAAGUCUGUUUUAAGUCAUUUACAAGUCCAUGUAAAUUGACACAACAUUCUUAUUCACAUACUGGUGAAAAACCAUUUGUGUGCAAACAUUGUUCAAAAGCAUUUUCAUCAAAAUUCAAACUAGUUCGUCAUGUAUUAAUACAUUCUGACCAACGUCAAUAUCAUUGUACAAUUUGUGAUCGAACUUUUCACAGGAAAGACCAUUUAAAAAACCAUGCCAAAGUACAUAAUCCCAUUAAACGGACUUUACAAUGUGAUCGCCCUGGUUGCUCAAAAGAGUACAGUUCAGUGCUUAGUUAUCGUAAACACAUAGCUGUACAUUCUGUUGAAGAAGGAUUCCUUGAUUGUAAGAUUUGUAGUAAAGUAUUUGAAUCUAAAGAUGAGCUUAUGUACCAUUUGAAAAUACAUUCAGGAUCACGGGUAAUAAAGACUCCAGCUGAUAAAAAAUAUCGAUGCAACUUUUGCGACCGUAGUUUUUACACUGGUAAAGAUGUUCGGCGACAUAUGGUUGUGCAUACUGGUCUGCGAGAUUUCCUAUGUCAAUUUUGCCCACAAAGAUUUGGUCGCAAAGAUCAUCUUACUCGGCAUAUUAAAAAGAGUCAUAAUAUAAAUGCGAGUAAGAAAUCCAAACCAAAAAAACCAACUGAACUGUAUAAAAGUAAAUCAGUUGAAGCUAUUUAUCUUGAAACAUGUGGUCAGCCAUAUAAAUUAGAAAGGAAAGUAGCAGAAACAGUAACUAGUGGAGAUUUCAUAAAACAAGAGAAUUCAUCUACAAUGUCAGGAAUAGAAAUGUUCCAUUCUUCUAAUAUAACUAGUUUUAAUUAUAGUGAAAAUAGUAAUGAGACAGUUAUUCAAACUGUUGGAUCAUCCAGUGAAGUCAAUUUACCAGUUUUAAGCUAUGAACCUCAGCCGUCAUAUCCAGUUGAUGAACUGAAAGUAUUUGAUACAACCUUGACCAACCAGCUAGCCGAUAAUUACGAAGAAUCAACCAAUCCUGAAAUGCCUGGAUUAUCUCAAUUAAUUACUAUGAUACCAUCUUCAACCCUAACUAAUAUUGAGCCUAAUCUUUCAGUACUAACAAGUCACGAACCAACUAUUUUGCCUACUCAACAUGUAGUUGGGCAUGAGCCAACACAACUUCAAGUUGGUGAAUACCUAACGUCUUCAUCAGAAAUAUUGUCUGCUCUUUUACGACAAACUUCUGAAACAGGUACUACACCAUUGCCAGGGUUCAAUCAAGUUUUUCAUCAACAACAAUAAUAGUUCCAUUAAAAAAACAUUAUGUAUAUGUAUAUAUAUACAUAUUUUAAUAUUUAUCUAGUCAGUCAUCCAUAGUAGUUCAUAUACAUUUACCUUUUCAGAUUAUAUAUUUAUUUUAGGUAUAAAAACCUUAUUAAAGAUUAAUUAUUUUUG